GGGAAGGUAUGAAUAAGUAAAGGCAAAUGUGGCUUUUUUUUGCCCUCUGUAAUUGUAUGAGGAGCAGUUUCUGAUUCACCAAGACAAACUUGGGCAGAGGUUGCUGACUUGUAUCUUGUACCACCAGAAGAGAAAACCUACAGUUAGCCAGAUGAUGUUCCCUGUGUAUGAUAGAGAAAAGCAGGGACUGGUAUGGUAAGGGGAAGAAUCCUGUUUCAAGCUCUUAGGAGCAGAAGAGGACAGACAUGGGGGACUGCUAUGAUGUUUUGGCAUCACUGGUGGGCUCCACUCUGAGUAAGGCAGUAUUUAGAUAAUGCAUAAAUGUUUCCCUGGGACAUAAACUUUUAUAAACCAAAUUGCAAGGAAAGUGCAAAGCUGUACAAGCACAGUUUAGUCCUGUGAUUGAACACAGUUUGUGUAAGCAUCUGUAAGGAAAGCAGAAAUGCAAACUAUAUAUAUAUCUCAUAGAUAAUUGUCUGAGAUGCUGACCACCAACAAUUAAUUGUGAAGCAUUUCCAGGAAUGCUGUAAUGAUGCAUUACACUUUUAGAGACUGAAAAUGAGAAGGUAGCUAUAGAAGGAGUUAAUGCCCCUGAAUUUGCUAGGAAUCAACUUAGUUAGGAAACACAUUUGAGAGGAUUAACAUUGUUGUAGAAAUUAAUGUUUGAAGAGAUUGACCGGGAGGGUGUUGGGUUGAAGAAUGUGAAAGGCAAUUCAGUCCUCUUGGUGGGGUUGUCAAGUUUGCUUCCCAGCCAUGGCUCCGUGAAGUGGAAAACACAGCGAAGAGCAGGUGCUGCAAGAUCACACUUGGAAAGUGUGUCCAAGACAAAAAAAGAGGAAAUUAACCUGUAUCCAUCCUGACUAUAAGACUCAGAAACAGACCUCGGGAAAAAUUAAAAAAGGCAACAUGAAAGAAGCUGAGAAGCCACGUGCAGAGGACAAAUUCUGUUGCAUUUCCAAGCUGAAGGUAUUUCUACUGGCACUGUCGCUUGCGUUUCUUGGUAAAACGAUGUCUGGUGCUUACAUGAACAGCAUGUACACACAGAUAGAGAAACAGUUUAAUAUCCCAGCUUCUUUGGUGGGGAUCAUUAAUGGAAGCUUUGAAAUUGGUAACUUGCUGCUGAUAGCAUUCGUGAGUUACUUUGGAGCAAAGCUUCACAGACCCAAAAUAAUUGCUUUGGGCUGCACAGUUCUGUCAUUUGGAUGUCUUUUGAUAUCACUUCCUCAUUUCCUGUUUGGAAGGUACCAUAUUGAAAGCAGCAUUUCACAACGGGAAAAUAUUUCAGUGAUGCCUCUAUGCCUUGUUAACCACAGCUUGUUCUCUUUGCCUACAGAGGAGCCAUCAACAGAAUGUGAAAAAGAGCCUGGGUCCUUGCUGUGGAUAUUUGUGAUGGUUGGAAACAUAGUGCGAGGAAUAGGUGAAACUCCCAUCAUGCCUUUGGGCAUUUCCUAUUUGGAGGAUUUUGCCAAAGCAGAGAAUUCACCUUUCUACCUGGCAUGUUUACAUACAGCAACUGUAGUUGGCCCCUUCCUUGGUUUAUUGUUGGCAUCAUUCUGUGCAGAACUGUUUGUUGAUGUUGGAUCAGUAGGUCCAGAGGAGAUAACUAUAACAGCUACUGAUGCCCGCUGGGUUGGAGCGUGGUGGCUGGGCAUUUUGAUUUGUGCAUUACUGAACCUUCUCGUGGGAAUACCAUUUUGGUUUUUGCCCAAGUCACUUGUGAAGGAAGGUGAAACCAACGAAUCUGAGGAGACAACUGACAAAAGUGUAGUACCAUUGCAAGACAAUGAUAAAAAUGAAACCAAACAGAACAUGUACGAAAUUGCUAAAGAUUUCAUCCCCUUUCUCAAGGCCCUGUUUCGCAACCCAGUGUAUAUGUUAUUUAUAUGCAUAACCGUGUUACAGUUCAGUGCCUUCGAUGGCAUGAUAUCCUUCAUGCCCAAAUAUCUGGAACAGCAGUUUGGAAAAUCUGCAUCAGAUGCCAUCUUUUUAAUUGGUGUUUACAACUUACCAGUUCUAUGCGUUGGGUAUUUUUCUGGAGGCUUAUUCAUGAAGAAAUUCAAGAUAAAUAUCUAUCAGGCUGCGAACAUAGGAUUUUGGGUAUCUUUACUGGAUUACCUUCUCUACUUUGGUGCCUAUUGGACUGUCUGUGAUACUUCACCAGUUGCUGGUCUAACAGUUUCCUAUGAAGGAAUAGAACAAGUUUCAUAUGCAGAAAAUACUUUACUUGCUGGCUGCAACAGGGAUUGUGAUUGCCCACUUAAAAUAUGGGACCCCGUUUGUGGGAACAAUGGAAUCACUUAUGUGUCACCUUGCCUUGCUGGGUGUAAAUCCUCAAGAGGAACUGGAAGAAGUGUGGUAUUUGAAAACUGCACCUGUGUUGCAGCCUCAGGGUUAGGGUUUUCAUCUCAAAAUGCCUCUGCAAUUCUGGGCCAGUGUGAAGAAGAUGAAAACUGUGACAAGAUGCUUCAUUAUUUUUUGAUACUGUCAUUAGUCUGCAGCUUCAUUUUUUCCUUGGCAGCCAUGCCUGGAUACAUGGUCUUAAUAAGGUCUCUAAAGCCCGAAGAAAAGUCGUUUGGAGUGGGUAUCCAUGGACUGGCUUCAAGAGUAUUUGCUGGAAUUCCAUCUCCCAUUUACUUUGGAGCUUUGAUAGAUACCACUUGCCUGAAGUGGGGUACCAUGACUUGUGGUGGAGAAGGAGCAUGUAGGAUAUAUGAUAUUGACACCUACAGGUGGCUCUAUCUUGGCCUGCCAGCAGUGUUACGUGGAGUGUCCUAUAUCCCAAGUUCACUAAUUCUCCUUAUUUUAAGGAAGAAACAGAAAUCUGAAAAGCCAGUCUUAUUAAAUGAACCAGUAGAAAUGCAGGACAAAGAACCAGAAGCAGUGAAAUAGCAUUUCAAAGCAGGACACAUUGUGAAAAACAAUUGCAGUGUAAAUAUUGGAUAUAUCCUAGUGAAAAUUUUUUUACUUUAACUAACGAACACUUGGACAGAGAUUAAUAGAAUUACACAUAGUUGUAUCCUAAUUAUAUUAUUAAAGUAUCAGUUUGUAAACAGAAGGCACAGAAAAAUGUGUUUGGUGUAAAAAAACAAGGAGUAGAAAUAAGAAAACUUUGGAAAUGCCAGGCCUGAGUUGUCUGGACAAAGGACUUUGAAGCAGAAACAUAUAUUUACAGUCCUGGUUUCACUGAAGAUAGUGAGAAUUCUGCAGUUGACUCCAAGUGAUGCCAGAUUUCAUCCUGGAAUUCUCCAAUGGCUUCUGUCAGAACAUGUCUCAUUGACUGUAGGCAGGAUUUGUAGCUUCUUUGGGCCCGAGUUUUCCAUAAAUUUAUUUAAUGUUGCUUUUAGUCCUUUCAGGUGGGGACUGUUUGUUAUUCUGCAUAGUGUAGGUUAGGUGGCCAGUAUAUUGGGAAGCUGUUUUAUGGCAUGAGCUGGUUGUUGUGGUAAUAAUAAACAAUAAAAAAAAUUUAAAUUUUUAAAAAA